UCUUCCUCUUCUCCACUGAAAACGCGUGAGAAGUUUCUGCAGAUCUGAAUCAUCAUUCUGACUGAAAACUGAAGUAAGGAAACAAUCAUGGGUUGGAUCGGAGAAACAGUAGAUUCAAUAAAAUCAAUCAAGAUCCGUCAGCUUCUCACUCAAGCCAUCACACUCGGUAUGAUCGUGACGUCUGCAUUGAUAAUAUGGAAGACGUUGAUGUGUGUGACCGGCACCGAGUCUCCAGUAGUCGUUGUUCUCUCAGAAAGCAUGGAACCUGGCUUUCAGAGAGGGGAUGUAUUGUUUUUGCAUAUGACUAAAGAGCCUAUUCGAGCAGGAGAGAUUGUUGUUUUCAAUGUUGAUGGUCGUGAUAUUCCCAUUGUCCAUCGUGCAAUCAAAGUUCAUGAGAGGCAAAACACUGGACAUGUUGAUGUUCUUACAAAAGGUGACAAUAAUGACGUGGAUGACAUCGGUCUCUAUGCUGAUGGACAAUUUUGGCUUCAUCGGCAACAUAUAAUGGGCAGAGCUAUUGGGUUCUUGCCUUAUGUUGGAUGGAUGACUAUUAUCAUGUCAGAGAAGCCUAUCGUCAAGUAUAUACUCAUUGGUGCAUUGGGUUUGCUCGUUAUAACAUCCAAAGACUGAGACAAACAUGCAAAUAAGCAAAGUAUGUGGUCAGGGGAUGUGGCUUUUGCAACAGCAAGUGCAACCCUCAUCAUCAUAUUUCUUACUCAUGUUCUUAAGAACAUAUCAGAUUUUAUAAUCUUACAAGCCAGAUUUUACAAUUUAUACAAAUUUUUCCUUAAGUCAGCAACGUUUUUGUUAUAAUUUCUUUAACAGCAUUGUCUGUGACUUUCACUGAAGCGGAUAAUUUGAGUUCUGAGGGGAUGUACUAAUUAUUCAAUUCCAAAGCAGCAGGCGAUUAGAGUAUACAAAACAAUUAUGAGGACCUUACUGCAAAAUAACAGUUACUUCCAUGAAAAUUACAGCUUAAAUUCACAGAAACGGUCAGGCAAUGCAGACUGAUCCUCUGCUAAUUUCAAAAUCAUUCUUAUGAAUCUCCCAAAGAGCUUUCUUCAUCUCUUUCUCUUUCAAAUCCCUGAGAAAGUUACCUCUGCAAAUGCCUUUUUACUCCAGAACAUAGUUCUAUGCAUUCCUUUCUUGAUGCAUGAUUGUGAGUCUACUUACAUGAU